UCCAGACCAGCACCGAAGCAGCCCUCAUCAGGUCCUCAGAACCCCGCAGAGAGCUCAUCAGCGCAAGAGGACAAGGUCGAUGCUGCCGCUGACAAGAAGCCCGCCGAUGCCGAGCCUGAACCGAUACCCUUCCACAAGCUGCCCGAUCUCACCCAGGGCAUUCCCUCGACACUCGAGGCCGAGCUCGAGCAGAAGAGCGGCAAGUCGCCGUCGUACCUGGAAGUCAGCGAGGGGGAGCCGUCAUCUGGAGGAGGAGGCCGCGGCCGAGGUGGCAGGGAAGAAUAUGUCUCGACCAGCGAGCGCAACCGCAAGUGGUGGACUCGCUUCAUGCUGACCGUCGCCGGCUCGGGAUCGCUGGUGGGCAUUGCGUACAUGGGUCGCAACUGGGAGGACGAAAUCGAGGCAGAGCGCCACCCCGACAUCCCCAACGGAUGGAGCCCCAGUCUGUGGUGGCAGCGUACCCGCGCGCGAUGGGGAGAGUCUGUGUCUUACUACCAGGACCCGGCCUUUGAGAAGCUGCUGCCCGAUCCCGACCCGAGCUUUGAGCGUCCGUACACGCUCUGCAUCAGCCUGGACGACAUGCUCAUCCACAGCGAGUGGACGCGAGAGCACGGCUGGAGGGUGGCCAAGCGCCCUGGCAUGGACUACUUUAUCCGAUACCUGAGUCAAUACUACGAGCUUGUCCUCUUCACCACGGCGCCUUUUGGCAUGGCGGAGCCGCUGGUUCGCAAGCUGGAUCCUUUCCGCUUUAUCAUGUGGCCCCUCUAUCGCGAGGCGACCAAGUACGAGGACGGAGAAAUCGUCAAGGACCUCUCCUACCUCAACCGUGAUCUCUCCAAGGUCAUCAUCCUCGACACCAAGCCCGAACACGUCCGCAAGCAGCCCGAGAACGCCAUCAUUCUGGAGCCCUGGAAGGGCGAUCCCAACGACAAGGAGCUCGUGGCGCUGAUUCCCUUCCUCGAGUACAUUCACACCAUGCAGUACGCCGACGUACGAAAGGUUCUCAAGUCGUUUGAAGGAAAGCACAUCCCCACCGAAUUUGCUCGUCGAGAAGCCAUUGCCCGACGAGAGUUCAACAAGCAGCUGGCCGAGAAGUCCAAGAACAAGAAGCCGUCGGGCAUGGGCGCGCUGGGCAACCUGCUCGGCCUCAAGCCCAGCAAGAUGAGCAUGACGAUGCCCGUCGAUGGAGAGCAGGAUCCCCUCGAGGCCUUUUCCCAGGGCAAGAUGAUCCAGGACAUUGCCCGCGAGCGAGGCCAGCGCAACUACCUGGCUCUGGAGAAGGAGAUUCGCGAGAACGGCGAGAAGUGGCUCAAGGAGGAGCAGCUUGCCAUGGAGAAGGCCCAGCAGGAGGCGAUGAACAGCAUGAUGGGGUCCUUUUCCGGCAUCUUUUCCUCAAAGAAGGGCGGCGAGAACAAGGCGUGA